GAAGAAGAGUGAAGACAGGAGCUCUCUUGCUUGUUUUUGUUGCCAAACAUGAGUGAGGAACAGGAUCCAAAAGCGGUGCAGCGGAACCCCUCGUCAUCUGUACCUCCUUCAACAACGCCCACCAAGGUUGCCGGAGAAAUCAGCAGCAACGGCGGCAAUAGCAGCAACGCUGGUUGGGAGCAAAAGAUCCGUUAUCCAAAUCGACCAGAUAUAACGAACCCAGACCCUGCAACAUUGAGGGAUCAAUGGAGGUUCGCAAUCAGGCAAUACAGCAAAUGGUAUUCCCACGCAUGGGGUACUGCAAUCUUAGCUGGUAUUUCUUUCUUCGCUCUUGGAUGGAUCGUUAAGGGCUCCAAUCCUCUCCCCUCCAAGAAAGACGAACAUCCUCCACCUUCCCCAUCAUCCGCCGACAAUCGAUGAUGAUGAUUUCACCAUUUUGAUAUUACAACUGUUUGAUGCCCUAACUUCUAUCUUUCCUUCCCCCUCUCCUCUUGAUAGCUGUAUAUGUUUUGGUGUUUGAAUUUUUCUCUACUGUAUUUGCGUGAUUGGGGAAUUUCUCUGUUGAGGUUGAACAAUUAGAUCAAAUCUUAGAAUUCAUUGCCGCUCCUCCUUCCUGAAAGGAGUU